AUGUUCUCUCCUAAUGCCACUCAAGCGACCGAGUUCAUCCUCCUGGGACUGGGCAGUCAGCCAGAGCUGCAGCCCCUCCUCUUUGUAAUCUUUCUUUUGAUUUAUCUUGUCACCCUGACUGGGAAUUUGGGGAUGAUUUUCCUCAUCCGCAUCACUCCUCGACUGCAAACCCCCAUGUACUUUUUCCUCACACACUUAGCAUGUGUGGAUAUCUUCUAUUCCACGAAUGUCUCUCCUCAAAUGCUGGUUAACUUCUUAUCAGUGAGAAAAACCAUCUCCUACACAGGUUGUCUCGCACAGUGCUUCAUAUUUGUGACUCUGCUCCUGACCGAGUACUACAUGCUCGGUGCCAUGGCCUAUGACCGGUACAUGGCCAUCUGCAAACCCCUGCACUACAACAGCAGGAUGUCUAAACCCGUUUGCAUUUGUCUGGUCACCUUUCCCUACUUGUGGGGCUCGAUGGUGGGCACAAUGCAGGUGAUACUGACCUCCCGUCUGUCCUUCUGUGGCCCUAACACCAUCAACCAUUUCUACUGUGCUGAUCCGCCUCUCCUCAUGUUGACAUGCUCCGAUACUUACAUCAAGCAAACUGCCUUGUUUGUGUCUGCAGGCAUUAACCUCACAGGUUCUCUGCUCAUAAUCCUCAUCUCCUACGUUUUCAUUUUCGUCACUAUUCUCAGGAUGCGCUCCACAGAGGGGCAGCGCAAAGCCUUUUCCACCUGCGGCUCCCACUUGACGGCUGUCACCAUGUUUUACGGAUCUCUCUUCUGCAUGUAUCUGAGACCAGCAAAUGAGCAGUCUGUUGAGCAAGGGAAGAUUGUGGCAGUGUUUUGUAUAUUUGUUAGUCCCAUGCUCAACCCAUUCAUCUACAGUCUGAGGAACAAGGACGUGAAACAAGCUUUGACAAGAGUGUUUAGGAAAAAUAUUGGGAAAAUGGAGAAAAGUUCCGUUUCUGCUGUCUCCUAA